CCCCCACUGACCUCAACUACUACCACAAUUCGCACGGCCACACGCACGAGGAACUGCUCCAGAAAACGGCGAAACAGCAAGGAGUGCAGCUGACGGGAGGACUGCUGAUACCAUGCCUCGGCUGUUCGAUGUCCAAGGAGCAGCUGCUGCCUCUCGCAGACGACGAGGAGGGCGGGGAGGACGAGAGCAAGCAGAGCACGUCCCGUCAAGGUGCGGGGGGGGGGAAAGACUCGGAGAGUGAGUCUGAUUCCGACCUCGACGUGACGGAGGCUGGGCGAGCGACGCUGCCGGUGCAAGAGAAGGCGCCGGCGGCACCCGGCAACGGGACCAGGGACGCUGGUUCGGGCGUCCCCCUGUCGCCUCCUUCGGGAGGAGGCGACUUCGAUGGAAGCAGCAGCGGCAGCAGCAGUAGCAGCGGCCGCAGCAGCAGCAGCAGCAGCAGCAGCAGCAGCAACAGCAACAGCAGCAGCAGCAACGCCGCCGGCGACGACGACGGCGGCGGCGCCAGCGGCAGUGAGCCCGGCGCCUCUGGAGAUGGCGGUGGCGGCGGCAGCGAACCCGGCGAAGACUCCGAGCAAGUCGAGGAGUACAAGUUUGAUCCCGCCGACAGCCGCUACCCGCCGGGCCGCGAAGGGCGUCGGCUCCUCUGGGGCGCUUCGAAGGAAGGACCGCUGCGCCACGGGCUCGAGCGCGGCCGCACACGAAGGGAGACCCGGGAGCUGCAAGGCCCCGAGGAGCCGCCGGGUCCAGACGCCGAGCCAGACGCCGAGCAAGUGCUGCUGGCGGAGAUCAUCGUGGACUACGUUUCCAACUCGCUGGUGCGGGAGCGGUACGACGAGGAGCAGGUCAACAUCGAGUACCGGCGUGAGAUGCAUGAGCUGCCGUACGGCACCGAGCUGCAGGAGGAGGCGUUCGGUGCAGAGGCAGGGGACGACGGGUCAUCGCAACCUCUUCAUGACCCGCAGCUAAGUAUCCCCUCGCCCUUCGGCCAGAAGCCAAGUGAUGUAGAGUGCGUGCCCUUGACGUACAAGGAUGUCCUUAACUCCAAGUACAAGGUGCUGUGGGAAGCAGCCAUAGCAAAGGAGUUUGACGGCCACAAGAAGACGGGGACGUUCUCCGAGAUUAGCGGUCUGCCCGAGGGGCGUAAGGCCAUCAGUGCGAAGUGGAUUUUCUCGCACAAGACCAAUGAGAAGGGGCUGAUUGUCGACUUCAAAGCACGUAUGGUUGCGCGUGGUUUUUCUCAGAUUCCCGGUGUGGAUUUUCACCACUCAUCAUCCGCAUGCCCUUCCGCGGUGUCCAUCAAAACUAUGGUGGCCGUAUCCACCGAGAAUGGUAGGAGGCCUGUCCACUGGGACAUCAAGCAGGCGUACACACACGCCAAGCUGAAGGAAGAAAUCUACCUGAGGCUUCCAGACGGUUGUGGUGUUUGGACUGGCAAGGCGGUGAAAGUCGAGCGUGCUCUGUAUGGACUCGAGCAGAGUGGGCGCGAGUGGGGGUUUGAGGCUGCCGAUGCCCUGAUCUCAAACGGCUACGAGCAGUGCAGGGUGGACCCCUGCAUUUUCCGCAAGGUGGUUGACGGAGAAGUCGUAGGUCUCAUCGUGAUCUACGUGGAUGACAUCAUGUUGUCCGCGACCGAGGAGGAGCGUGAAGAGUUGCUAGCGUCUCUCCAGAAGAGAUUCCCUGUGAAGGAUCUAGGAGAUUGUACCUGGUACGAUGGGUGUGCCAUUGAGGUGGACCUUGAGAAUGGUACCACCAAGCUGUCCCAGACGGCUUAUAUCGAGAGCAUGCUCAACCGCUUCAAUGUCACGACCACUGCUCCCACGCCCGCUGUCGUCGACGAUGACCUAGGGCCGAAGAGAGACGACGAGUCCUCGGUGGACAAGCCCGUGAGGGAAGCGAUCGGAUGCCUGAUGUGGUUGCUGUUCACGAGGCCGGACAUCGCGCUGCCUUUGAACAAGCUGCAGAAGAUCGCCCACUCACCCACCGAGAGGAUGUGGAACGCGCUUGUGCGGAUCAUGUCCUACCUCAACGAGACGAAGGACCUCGGGAUCACCUACGUCCGCGGAUCAGGGCUAGACCUAGACGUGUUCGUCGAUUCUAGUUACGCCGACAGCACCGUUGACAGGCGUUCGACGACGGGGCUAGCCGUGACUGUAGGUGGGACCGUAGUGUGCGCAUCCACGAAGACACAGCCAGUGACGGCUCAGUCGACCACGGAGGCAGAGUAUAUUGCAGCCGGGGAGGGCGUGAAGGAAGCGUUGUUCGUGCGUGGUGUUCUGUCGUUCAUUGCGCCCGAGACGAGCGGUGCCACGAUCAGGGUCCGUGAGGACAACGAGGGGGCUCUCGCGUUGGUGCAGAACCCUUUCAGCUCGGCGAGGAGCAAGCAUAUCGACGUGCGGUUCCACUUCAUCCGCGAGCUCUUCAAGGCGGGCAAGAUCACCGCAGAUUAUGUCUCGACAGAAGAGCAGCACGCCGAUAUGCUGACCAAGGUCCUUGGUAGGGGCAAGUUGGAGUACCACCGGAAGGCUCUGAUGAACCUGCCGAUGUAGGGUUCUGGUCUCGUUUUCGUGGCGUUUGUUUUGUUUUGUUCUAGCACUGGGCGCGUCUCGGACCAUGGUAUGUCACGCAGGAAGCGUUGGGCAGGGGCGUCACCCGCGGCGGGAGCUUAGGGUUUUUGACCAAUUGCUUCGGGUGUGUAAUCAGCGUGGCCUGUCCAAUCUGUCCUGCCUUGGUCCUGCCCUGAUAGUGCGGCCGUUGGAAUCCUUCGUGAUAGCGACGGUUUCUUUUGUGUUUUGAGUUUGUAGGCGAGGGUUAUUGAUCCGGAUGGCCGAGUUUUUCCCUUGCACCCGUUGUUGUUUGAGUAACUUAAGUAGAUCUGGAGUAUCCAUGCCCCACUGAUGGUUUGUCAAUAGAUUGACGAACCGGGGAGGGUGUUCGUGUGUCUGGAUACGAGCAUGGUAGAUCUGCUAGCAGCAUGGGGGGGUACGUAGACAGGAGCAUGCGUAUGCCUGAAAAAGACUCCUAUGUGUGGGCCCCCUUCCCCGAAUUCGGGAGGGCCACUUCUUCCCUCCCUUUCCUCGCUCCCGCCGGUGCCUAAUCAGAGAGAGUUAAAGCGUGUCUUCAGAGGCCAACCCAGAGCACUCCUGGAUACGAAGUGGAAUUUUUCACGAAUCAACCUCAGGGCCAAAUCCUAGGACCCACGGACAAGAAAAUCUACCAGUCGAUGACGGGAAGCAUCCUCUACCUGGCCCAGUGCACGCGAUUUGACCUCUCUCACGCGGCCCUACAACUGUCCAAGGCCUGCAGCAACCCAGUGCAAGUGAACAUGACAGCAGCCAAGCACGUUCUGCGAUACCUUCGGGGUAAUCCAGUUCUUCCUUUCGCCUACAGCAGAGGACAGUUUCGGCUAGCGGCGUCUGGUCUAUGGAUUCAUCCUUCGGGGCAAACCCCGACAACGGAAGAUCUACCACGGGAUAUCUAUUCUUCCUGGCUAGAGGACCUAUCAGCUACGGUGCAAAGACUCAAACUCUAACCGCGCAAAGCACGGUCGAAGCCGAGAUUCAAGCACAUAGCUACUCAGCCAGAGAGGCGGUCUAGCUAUAUCUCAUAUUUUAUGACGGAACUCAACUUCAAGACCUUCGGAUCGGUUCUCAUCAACAGCGACAGC